AUGGAUCAGAAGAAUGAGCCCGGCAACUCUGCUGCUAGCGACAGUCAAAGCAACGGGAUGAGAAUGCCAACUUUCUUUCACAGCGGAACCCGCCUCAAUCUGCCUCUCUACGGCCAGAGUACCCACUCGAUUGCUGUAUACAUCCUUACACUCGUCGUGUUUUUCUUCCUUGCCUGGUCGAACAGGUUCUUGGUCGCCGUCAAGGAUAAACUGGAGGACAAGAUCAUCACGGCGCGUGCCCUUCAAACCCUCGGACGCCUUCCUCUCCACCGACGCAGAGCUCUUUUCAAGGCCCGCGUGAGUCCUCUUCCAAGACUCGUGCGCAUCGACAGGGAGAAUCAUCCUCGCGCAGAUGACGGACGGAUCGAGAUGCUCGCACACCGCGAAGAACGGCCCCGUGGCCAUGAAUCCGGCACCGAUAACCUGUCCUCGAAUGGGCCGACCCCACACAAGUCGGUCUCGUACUAUGUCUGGAUGCGAGCAUUGGUGGAAGUCCUUAGAGCUCUUAUGGCGUUUGUCUUGUGA